CGCGUGCCCGUUCGUUCGGUUCGUUUCGUUGUUGCACAUCGACAUCAACCGCUUUCAGUGCUACAGCGCGUUCGUCCGCGCUAUAUCUACAUAACCUAAAAGUUAACAAUAUUCAUUUAAUUUUAGGGUACUAUUUUCAUUGUAAUUAACAUCAAAUACUCAUGAUUACCUCGAAUUUAUAAGUUAGUGUUGUGAAAAAUUAACGCCCAGGAAAGGGGCGUUCGUGGAGUGUAUUUUUGUGCAACACAAAGUAAAUACAAACGGCAAGCUGUGGGGAUCAGGGGCCUUUUUUUUGCCGCCGCAGGGGAUGUAUUAUCCUGUGAGUAACGGCAAUGUCAUCGAUACGGGAACACCAACCCUACUGCACAUGGUGGGCACGGGUAUGGCGAACCCGUUCCCUGCGGCGGCGGCGGCUGCGGCCGCAGCAGCACAGUUCGCGGCCAACGGGGACGCGCUCGCGGCCGUGAAGGCGGAGGGCGGGCCCGCAGCGCCACCGCAGCCCCCGCUGGUGAAGAGCGAGGGGCCGCCCCCGCCGGCACCUCUCCCGCCGGCCAACUUCUCACCACAACCACCGCCACAGCCCCACGCACCAAACUCCAUAGAAAAUCAAAACAGUAGCUCACUUCCGGUUGGGUAUCCACAGCAAAGUGAAGGGGAGUCUAACGAAGAGAACACACCGGUGAGCGUAUCUGCGGCAGUCGCGGCGCAGCAAGCUGCAGCUGUUGUGGCACAGCAAGCCGCAGCGGCGCACGCGGCUGCCGCCGCCGUCAGUGCCGCCGUCGCCGCCGGUGCUAACGGCACCGCGGAGAAAACACUAGUGCCAGUCUCCCAAGCAUCACAACCCAAGCGGUUACACGUCUCCAACAUACCCUUCCGAUUUAGAGAUCCUGAUCUCAGGAACAUGUUCGGGCAAUAUGGCACAAUACUUGAUGUAGAAAUUAUCUUCAACGAACGAGGCUCCAAGGGAUUCGGUUUUGUAACAUUCGCAAAUAGUGGUGAUGCGGAGCGAGCACGAGAGCGUCUUCACGGCACCGUGGUUGAGGGCAGAAAGAUAGAGGUUAAUAAUGCAACAGCGAGAGUGCAGACCAAGAAACCACCCACAGUUCCAAACGUGUGCGUCCAAUGGCCAGAAGCGGCACUGCGCGCCCGCCCCGCCACCGCCCGCGCCGCACCGCCCCCGCCCCACUCCCUCGCGCAGGCGGCCGCGCUGUUGCCGCGCGCCACCGCCGCCUACCACGCCCAGUUGCACGCGUACGCACCUGUAUAUUACGACCCAUUCUUAGCAGCAGCUGCGACGGCUGACUCCAAUUACAGACUACAGGCAGCAGCAGCGGCGGCGGCAGCAGCGGCACCGUUAUUGAAGUCCCCGUUGACGACAGCGCAGCACGCAGCGGCUGCAGCGGCGGCAGCUAACUACGGCGCGGCCGCGCGUGCCGCAGCCGCCGCCGCGGUCAGCGCCGCACCCGCACCCACUGCACUAGCACCCCUUGCCACGUAUGGCAGAGAGUACGCGGACCCAUAUUUAGGGCACAGCAUUGGCCCCGUCACAGGUUAUGGGACUGCAGUUUACAGAAGUGGAUACAACAGGUUCGCGCCAUACUAAAAGCCAGUGGAACAGAGUUAAAAAACAGAAUCUACUCGAAUACGAAACUACCUUCACCUUUAACUAACAUGACAAUGGACUCUCUUUGUAAACGUACAAACAUAAUUCAUAAAUUAAGGUAACAGUAAUAGUGCUAGCCGAUUAUUAUUACUGUGUAUAAGCUUGGAUAGCAUAGUCAACUAACAGUAGGGCGCUCCGCGUCUGAACUUAUGAAAUACCAAAGUCAUUAAAAUUUCUAACGGAAAUAGUUUAUUAAGUUAAACUGUAUUGUAAAUUAUUUGUGUACCUAAUGCUAUACAAGUGCGAGCAGCUAAAAUAAGUGCUUCUGUUCUAUUAGAUAUUUGUAAGAAUUGCUAUUUUAAUAUAAAUAAAUAAACACAUGAACGAAUGUGUGUUAACUACAUACUAGUGUACGCUAUUGUCUAGUGUAGGUGUUACACUUGGUUAUUGACAAUAGAAAAAUGUUUCGUGUAAUGAUGAUAUUUAGUGAGCUUUGCACUUGCAUAUCAUAGAGAAAAAUUGUAUAUAACUGAAUCCCCGAAACAUUGUGGUUUACAGAAGAAGGAAACAUAUUUUUGUUUAUUUCAGUUAACUUGUCUGUGACAAGCCUCUUUAACAUGAUCCAAUGGUGGGUAACAUUCGCGUCAUUGAGAAAUGUUUGUGAAGUAUACUUUUUCCAUCGCUUACGGUUUGUACGCUAAAUAUUAUAUUUACAUGAGAUUCACACUGUUAGGCCGAUUCCGUUAUCUUGUGCAGUAUUUCUAAUAUCUCUGGAGAUUAAACAGUUUAUCUUUUAUUUAUUUCCACCGCCAUCUUGUAUAAUCUAACAACAAGGCGAUAGAAACAAACGAAACAUAUUAUGACUACAUCGAGUCAUAUGAAUUAAUCUAUACUAAAUACUGCAGAAGAACAGAAAAGAAAAUAACGUUUCGGUAAAUCGCACGGUAUGAGAUUACCUUUAUAUCCAACAAUUCCUGAAUCGGAACGUAGAUGUGUUCGUUAUACGUAGUUUAACACGUGAAUUGUUUUUUCUCGAAGGCCACUGUUUUACACUGCGUGUGACGAAUCGUCUUGAUUUUCCACUGCCCUUUAUAAAGGGAACACACUACCACAGUUCGCUAGUCUCAGCGUUCAAAACAGAGACAAUAGAUUUCCAAGCCACUUCCAGAACUUUUUUAUAUUCAUAACAUAAUAUUUUAUGGUGCGAUUUUAUACGGUGCCAUUAGUUCGGUUGUUCUCUUUAACGAUUAUUAUAUACGAUACAUAUAUUUUUCAAAAGUUACCUUCUAUACCUUAAAUAUUGAGUAACGUUGAAUAGAUGUAGGAUGGUAGCGGCCGAGUCCCAGAGUGUCCCUCAUAUCGGCCCAUGCUGUGUACAGUUCGCUUCAAGUCGUUAAGCAUACAUAACUAAAAAAAUUACCUUUCGGUUUUGUCUAUUAUUAAAAAAUUGAAAAUCGCUAGUUUGUAAUGUUUAAUAUUUUACUGAAACGUAGGCGUAACGCUUUAGAUGUAGUGUUAAGGGAAGAACGGAACUCCAUCGAGUUCUCACAUAUCAUUGAGAUUUCUCCUCGUAAUUGUUUUUCGAUGCCGCCCUUGACGGUGUCCGAUUUUACAGUGCUAUAAUAAUAUGUAUAUUUUAAUACUUUUUAUCUGGUAUUUUCAUUUUUAUGAACAAACACGCGUACGGGUCCAACCCUAUUUAGACUUCGUCGUCGUAACUUAGAUCUAACGUUUGCAUUAUAGUUUUAUAAAGUAUCAUAUGACAUCUAUGGAUUCGCUCAACGUUUAUACCAAAGCACAAAACCCAUCGAUUCGUACCUAUCCGGAGCGUUUGAAUGUCACUAACCACAUCUCAUUUGUAGAUUUCAUAGUCUUUCAUCAAGAAAAACUUAACAAAUCUAUGUGAGCCUACCUACAUAGAUGAUUCGUUUCGAACAAUAUAAUUUAAGUUAUUUUACCGUAGUGUCUUAAGUAAUUUGUUUUCUCUAUGAACAUAUCCGUUUGCCAUCUAGAGUAGUAGUCGCUUUUAUUAAACAUUUUAACACGAUGAUUGUAGAUCUGAAGCGUUAAAUCAUUUUUUUUGUGAACGUCCUAGUUCAUUUCGUAAGUUUCAUCACGUGAAUGAUCGGGGUUACAUGUAAUUGUUUGUCAUCAUAAUUUCAGUACAGUCUCACUAAUACGAACAUAUCAGAAAUUAAGUUGAGUGUCGGAUGCCAUUAAACGAAUAAGGUACAGCUUAUUAUGAGCGCGGUGUCGUCUACAAUGAUAGCUUUAAUUAUCACUUACAACUAUAGGUAAGGCGUUCACCCGGCCACUCCCGAUUCGUGCAGUCGGUUCCAUGACAUGUUUUCGCUCUUGCAGAUGUUUUCUCUCUAGUCUUUGUUUUGCGCACAAAAUGUGAAGGUGCUUAUUUUUUCGUAAAAGUUUUCAUGUGAUAUUUACGGAACAGAUUUUUAUGUUCACCUGAUCUUGAUUUGAACGGAUGCUCCUUUUUUAGUUUCACUUUAUUUGUUAAGAUAGUUUCGUGUCAUAUAUACAUUUAUAUUGCAUCUAUUAUAAUUAUCUGUGUUUACGUCUGUCUGAUGCUGGUAUCGCAGCCUCACCUGUGCCACUGGCUUGUAUCCUGUAAGUUAUAGUCGUUACUUUGUUUAGUCGUAACUGUAGCCAGCCAUGUCGCAGCUUCGAACAAUAUUUUUGCUUUACUGCUGAAUACUCAUGCGUGAAUGCGUAAUUUUAAGUGAACCCAUAGUUUAGUAGGCAUUAAUCUCUUUAAGUUUUCAAAUGCAAAUUUUGUAUCUUAAGUACAUGAACAAGUACAUGUGAUUCUAUUUGAUGAUUUUAUAAAUUAGUGUUUAAUAUUUUGUCCAGUAACCGAUGUCACAAACUAUUAUGUAUUAUAUUACUUUAAUUAAGCUUGUACAAGUCAACAGGGCGUGCUUUAGCGUAGUGGUCUAUAUGAUUGAUAAUGAAAUUGCACAGAAAAGUUUAUUAUUUUUAAUCUAAAACACGCCAUGUUCAUUUGAUUGUUUUAUAAUCCUCUUUGUUGCCGUUUAUGAAAUAUGUUUUUGAAUAAAUUAAAAUGAUCGCAACAACAAUUUUACUUUUUUUAUGGAAGACUCUUAUAUAUGCCAAAUUUUCACUUGGAGAAAAAUUUGAAUUUAAAUGACAUAUCUGACAAAAUGGUUAGUGUGCUACGAUAAGAUUUGAAAUCAUCAAGAACAAUGUAUUAUAAAUAUAAUAAUCAUUUAAAUUAAGGAUAAUGUGUAUUUUGUAACGCGAUUUGUUUCUCGGUUUUUAUGAGAUGUUAAAUUAAAAAAAAAGGAAUCAUACUAUUCUCGUUUCAUUAUGCUGUGCACAAAAUUAUACGAUCGACGGCUUCGAUUUGUAAUCAUUAUUAGGUCUAAACGAGUUGUUAUGAUGUUGUGCAUAAUGAAUCAUAUCAGUAGUGUUGUUGGCGGAUGUCGAUGAUUGCUCCCAAGCGACAAGACUACUGCGGCGCGGGCCCUCUGUCGCCUCUCAACGUGAACCAACCGCAACUUUUGUAACUACCCUCGCAAAAUUUACAUUGAAAUCUCGCUGUCUUUUUAAACUCAACAGAUGGUUAUGAUAUUACACAUUUAAAGAAAAUGGAGGGGUUUUAAUCGUAAUCAAUUAAUUUAGCUACAGUUAGGGGCGGUAGUAGCGUCGCGCGCGGCCACUGUAAAUAGUGUUAUCGGCGAACACCGCCGCAUGUUAUUCGUAUAUAAUUUUCACCCUCGGGUUCAUAUUGUUAAAGUAGCUACAGUUGAUAAGUAUCACUUGUUCGUCAAUUGCACUCAUCGACGCUGUUCAGUUAGAUUAGUAGAAAGAAGUACGCAGAUUAGCAGGGUUAUGAUAUCACACAGUAAAAACCUAUGUGUCGCAAGUGUAAAAUGUAAUUUUUAAAAUCCUAAACGUGUCGUGUCGAAACAGGCAUUGCAAAUUCAUGUAAGUCGCGGCGCGUUUGAGACUUUAAUUGAGAAAUUGUUAUAAUUGAACGUGGGAACAUAGGUAGUCGUAGCGCAUACUGAUCGUUGAAAUGUAAACUGAAUGCUGUGCGCUGGUGAACGUAUGGUUUGCGAUGUCAGUUGGAACCAAACCCAAGCUAAUUAAACUUCUAAAAAUCUUUAAAAUAAAGAAAAGUCAAAUAAACGCAGGUUACCUUACAGAAGUUAUAUGAAAAAUGUACAAUCAGUGAUAUAUAAUCGCAAAUCAUAUGUUGGCGAAGCUCGAGCUGCUUUCUAAUAAUUUUGUUUGUAAGGUAAAGUUAGUGACACCACCCUUAGGUCAGCAGACACGAGUAUGCGUUACGGAGGCGCGACUCGACCAGUAUUCGGAUACUAUUACAAUACCAUGCUCAAUUUCCGUGUAAUUGUGUAUGUUGUUCGUGUAAUGUUAAAAAUUAAAUGUAUUUGAAAUUUAAUAUAAACAAAAAUAGAUUUGUUACAUAAUGAAUGUCUUCCGUUCGGCACAGUUUAUAUAGAUUCAUUGCACGUUUAAUUGUUGCACGUCCGUUGAAAAAUGUGCAGAUUUAGAACAAAAAGAAAGUCGAGCCAAGUGCACAGCGAGCUCCCUCGAUUACGAUUUGUGAUAAAGUGAAAAUAAUAAAUAGAAUUUCCUUUUUUUAGUGUGGCAAUUUAUAGUGAAUUGCAAGCUGAUUUUCUCUUUUUAUUGUAAAUAUAUAUUUGUUUUUCAAAUGAAAAAUAUUGAAUGAAGUGAAUCAUUUAAAAGCCUUUGGCAUUGUGUACUCAUUUACGUUAUUAAUAAAUUAUAGUAUAAAAA